AUGGCGUCACCAUUGCCAGACAAGACUAAGCCGCGGCCAGAGAAGGGCCAGAUUCUUUUGGUCAUCCACGACUUCAUCGCACGCGGCUCCGAUGAAUUGACCCUCACGCGCGGCGACCGCGUCGAAUUGGUCGAGCGAGAUGAUGAUUUUGGGGAUGGAUGGUAUCUCGGGAAACACCUCACGGACGGCGCGACGGGACUAUUUCCAGAGGUUUAUACUAAGACAGCGCCACAGGGUCCGCCGGUUGUUACGCAGAUGCCGCCGGUGGCGGCGGCGACCCCUAGACCCGUGCCAGCGCCCGAACAGACAACGCCUACCGCUGAGACGCCAGCACCAGCGCCCUUGGAGGCGGCCCCGCCACCGGUGGCUCUGGAUACGAGGAAUUCGGUGCCGGUGGAGGAGGCGACGAAGACGACGCAGGUGGAGAGACAUAUUAGUGCAUCGCAGGUGUUGGAUGCAGGACCGCCGUCGCCAUCGCCGCUGAACACGCCGCAGUCUGCUAGCCAGACGUACGCCAGCGAGGAGACGUUGCCGACUGUCGUUGAGCCGAUUUCGGUGGUACCAAAGAGCGUGGUUUCGUCUGGGGUGGCGCUGGGGCUGGGGCAGGAGAGCCCGGUCAUGAAUGAGACGCUGAGUGUGAUCCAGGAGCAUAUUUCGAAUAUGAGUACGCCGAGGAACAGCGGUGGGGGGAUUGCGGAGAGGAGGGGGACAAAUGACUCGGGGAGCGAGUAUAGUAGUCAUAUUGACAGGAGGGCGUCUUAUAUUAAUGGGUCGGAGACGGAUGAGGAGGAGGCGAGGGAGUUUAAUCGUGCGGAGGUUAGCAAGUGGACGGCUGCGCAGGUCGCUGAGCAUCUUGGUGCGGCGGGAGUGGAACAGGCGCACUGUGAUGUGUUCCGUAAUCAGGAGAUUUCGGGAGAUGUGCUACUGGGUAUGGACCAGAGUACGAUCUUCUUGAAGGAGUUUGAGCUGGGGCCGGUGGGGAGACGGUUGAAGACUUGGCAGAAGAUUAAGGCGCUGCAGGAUGAGGUUCAUGGGGUUAUGACGCCUUCUGGGUCUCGACGUGUGCCGUCUAUCUAUGGGAGUGAGAUGGGCUCGGAUGUUGGAGGGACCAGGAGUCAGUACUACAGCGCAAGCACGCGGUACUCCUCGCAAAGGCAAACUGGGCGCCUGAGUUUGAUGGGCCAGUCUUCUGUUUUUCCUGAGGAGCAACAAAGACCGGGCAUGGGACAGAGUCGUCCGUCUGCUGCGUCAAUCAGAGAAUUCAAUCACUCAAGACGACACUCCUCGAUCGAUUCUCCUACACUGCUAAACCAAGCAAAGUCCCCAGACGGUCCACAGGCAACAACACCAACCAUGGCGUCAUCAGGCCACAAGAAGCUGCCCUCCUUUGACCGGAACUGGACCAUGGGCGACGAAACCCCCUCCGCCGGCAUGCGCCCCGCAUCCCAAGCCGGCGUCCACCCUGCCGCCAGCGACGAAGCCUUCCCCGCCAUCACCAGCACGACGCCCUACGACCUCGACCGGGGCUAUUUCUCGGGGACAGAAGCAGAGGGCCGGACGAAGAAUGUGUUGCGUAAGAGGACGGGGUCGCAUUCAAGACAGUCGAGUUAUACGGACGAGCAGAGGCUGAGGAGCGCUACUACUGUUAAUAGGCAUUCGAGGUUUGGGAGUAUUGAUUCGUUGCAGCAGCCGCAUUUGUCACCGGCGGGACAGAAGUAUUAUGGUGUUGCUGGCGCGAGGAGGACGCCUUCUGUGGGGUCUAUUCGUCCGGCUCCGCCGCCAAAGGAUACGCCGUCCCCCAUGGUGACCAAGCUCGAUGGCAUCCCCUUAGCCGGCCCCUCCAAGACGCAGUUUGGUGGCAGGGCGACGGAUUGGUUCAAUGCAGCAGCGGCGCGAGGAGGCGGUUUCAGAGCUAUAUCCGACGCGGUGACUGGGAAGGAGAGGGCAAGAAACGGUGUUGACCAGCAGCUCGUAUCGCCGACAGACUCUAACCGCUCCCCAUCACGAACCGGCUCAAGCACUCCAUCCGGCGGACCAAGCUUUGAUCUAGAAUCCUCCAAUACAUCAAAGAGCACGAUUCUCUCUGCAGCAGCACGCUCAAACCGAAAGAAGGGGAAGAAAGAAACGAGCGCCUACACACGCGGCUUACAGCAUAUUUCCCCCAAAGAAGCGAUGGAGAACUGCGACUACAGCGGCUGGAUGAAGAAGAAGAGCAUGAACAUAAUGACGACCUGGAAACCCCGCCUCUUCAUCCUCAAGGGGCGCAGAUUGUCGUACUACUACUCUGAGAACGACACGGAGGAGAAGGGACUCAUUGACAUCUCCUUCCACCGCGUCUUACCCGCCGAUAACGAUAGACUUACGGGGCUGCACGCUACCAUCACCAGUGCGAUAUCCGGCCCGAAUAGUCCACAGGGCGCACAAACACCCACCACCGCCGACACCGACGCCGCAGCCGAAGCAGAGAAGGGGUUGAAAACCGAGGCGGACUCGAUGUUCAUCUUCAAACUCAUGCCUCCCCGCACCGGCCUGUCGAGGGCAGUCACCUUCACCAAGCCAACGGUGCACUACUUCGCCGUCCCGAACAUCGCGCAGGGACGCCUCUGGAUGGCGGCCCUGAUGAAGGCGACAAUCGAUAGGGAUGAUACGACGCCGGUCACGACGACGUAUCAGCAGAAGACGAUUAGUCUGGCGAAGGCGAGGGCGAUGAGGCAUCGGCCGCCGGCGUUGAUGAAUCUUGAGGAGGGGGAGGAGAGGGUGGCUGGGGAGAGUGGGGGGGGGUUGGAUAUUAGGGGGGUGGAGUUUGGGGAGGGGGAGGAGGGGGGGAUGAGGGGGAUGGGAGUGAGGUGGUGGGGGGGGAGGAGAGUCCCGCGGGGGAGGGGAGGGGGAGGGGAAGAUGCCUUUGACUGCUUAGGCCGGGCGUCUCUUUGAGGGGGUGGUUUGUGUGUGGCGCUAUAUGGAUCAUAUGGAAGCACCACCAGACUGCGGAGGAGGUUGUAUGUGGGCAUGAUAUGGAUGCUCGAUCUGGGGUGAUGCAAUUUUCUGAUAUUUUUGCAUAAAGGAUUCAAUUCUUCUAAUUUAGAUACGUUUGGGAAUGGGGAGGAUGGCCGGGGGGUAUAUAUAUAUUCCGGAUCCAGCUGAUACCAAUAGAUUGAGGGAGAUGGGGGACUUUGGGGAUUGGGAUUGGGAUUGGGAUU